AUGAGUUGCAAAUUUGGACAAUCAAAUUGUGAGAACAGAGGACGGGGUUGCCAUGAUUUUCCGAGAAAGUGUCAUUGCGGUUUAGACCCAGAAAGACCUUACUUUCGUUGUCCAACCAGAGGAGAUGAGCAUUUGUUUAAGUGGGUGGAAGAAGUUGUGUACGAAGAGGUUAUAGAAGCAUUGCCGAAAAUCUCCAUUAUUAACAAUGAGAUAAGCAAUGCAAGAUCUGAGGUUGCUGUCGAAAUUGAUGGGUUAAAGACUCAGAUUGAAGAAUUGAAGGAAGAUGCAAUGUUUAGCAAAAGAGAACUUAAUAAAUGGAAAUUGAUGAUAUUGUAG